AUGAAAUCCAAUGUCCUUCCAACAAUUUAUCGCCUGCCACGGCCUGACCGCCCGCCUCAGGGACCUCUAGUGAUCAUGGAAAAUGUGAAGUUUCCAACUUAUGGUGAGAUUGUGAACGUGAACCUCUCUGAUGGGACCGUUCGACAAGGACAGAUUUUGGAGGUGAACAAAAAGAAGGCAGUUGUGCAGGUGUUUGAGGGUACUAGCAACAUCGACAACAGGGAUUGCCACAUCGAGUUCACUGGCGACACCUUGAAGAUGCCCAUCUCUGAUGACCUCAUGGGUCGAGCCUUCAAUGGAUCCGGCAAACCCAUUGACAAGGGGCCCGCCGUCCUGGCGGAGGAGUUCCUGGACAUCGGCGGUUGGAUUACCGAAGGGAACGGAUUGGAAUCAGUUAAGACGGGCAUCAGUGCCAUUGACACCAUGAACUCGGUGGUGCGUGGCCAGAAGUUGCCGCUCUUCUCCGUUGGGCCGCAGGUCUUCCGCACAACGAGAUUGCUGCGCAGGUGCGCUUGGAGCCCUUGGAGUGUGGUGUGUCGACAAGCAUCCCUGGUGCAGGGCAAGGAUGUGAGAAGCCAAGGGGCGCCGUGUAAAGAACGGAACGGCAUGGCAGGUGGAGCAGUGACGGAUCACUCACAGGAGAACUUCAGCAUCGUCUUUGGAGCCAUGGGUCGGGUUAUUCCAUCCCUCCACUUGGAUGAGUUGUCCCAGCGAGGUGUCAACAUGGAGACGGCGCGCUUCUUCCGAAACGACUUCGAAGAGCAACGCGGCACUGAAAACAUGGCCAUCCAAGAGGUUCAGGGUUUCUUGGAUCUGAGGAACGGUUCCAUGGAGAAUGUGGUACUCUUCAUGAAUUUGGCCAAUGACCCGACCAUUGAGCGUAUUGUCACGCCGCGUUUGGCGUUGACCACAGCAGAAUACUUCGCGUGCGCGUUGGUACACGCGCGAGCAGCACGUCGUGGCCUCAAGCCGAGAUUGCCACAGCUGGUCUUUGUCAUCCUCACAGACAUGAGCUCCUAUGCGGAUGCUCUGCGAGAGGUGUCUGCAGCACGAGAGGAGGUGCCAGGACGAAGAGGUUAUCCAGGUUACAUGUGCGCCCUGUGGGAGAUGGAUUUGUCCACCAUUUACGAGCGCGCUGGCCGAGUGGAGGGCCGUCUCGACCUCAGACGCAUCAAUCAGGCAAUGGAUCCAUCACCCAGUUUCCCAUCCUCACCAUGCCCAACGAUGCGCGACAUUACACAUCCAAUUCCAGAUUUGACGGGUUACAUCACCGAGGGACAGGUCUUUGUCGAUCGUGCGCUGCACAACAGACAGAUCUAUCCUCCAAUCAACGUGUUGCCGUCCCUCAGCCGAUUGAUGAAGUCUGGCAUCGGCAAGGGCAUGACCCGUGACGAUCACCCCAACGUCUCGGACCAGCUAUACGCCAACUACGCCAUUGGCCAGGACACCCGUGCCAUGAAAGCAGUGGUCGGAGAGGAGGCAUUGAAUGAAGACGAGCACAAGUACUUGGAGUUCACUGACAAGUUUGAGCUCAAGUUUUUGACCCAGGGAGCCUACGAAAACCGCGACAUCUUUGCAUCGCUGGAUAUCGCCUGGACGCUGCUGCGGAUCUUCCCUCAGGAAUUGCUGAAGAAGAUCCCGCAGAAGCUGAAGGACAAGUACUAUGACCGAGAGAAGGAGAUCCAGAAAGCAGUGCAGUCGCUGAAGUAG